CUGAAUCCUUACCUCUCACACAUCUUCCUCACCUUCAAAGAUCACUCAGUCCAGCCAUGGCCUCUCAAGGAACAGGCUACGACCUUUCCGCCUCCACGUACUCUCCCGACGGUCGCAUCUUUCAGAUCGAGUACGCCCAAAAGGCCGUAGAGAAUGCAGGCACGGUCAUUGGGAUCAAGUGCAAAGAUGGAAUUGUCCUGGCGGUAGAGAAGCUUGUGAAUACUAAGCUGCUGGUCAAGGGUACGAACAGGAGGAUUCUGAACAUUGAUAGACAUGCCGGCUUUGCCACUGCUGGACUGAUUGCCGAUGGAUACCACUUGGCCGACCGAGCUAGACAGGAAGCUGUCAAUUUCAGAGAUACCUACAAAUUCCCAGCGCCGAUAGGGACGCUGGCACGCCGUCUCUCGUCCUACAUCCACGCUUUCACCCUCUACUCUUCCGUGCGACCCUUUGGAAUCUCCACCCUCCUCUUCGGAAUUGACGAGAUUGAGGGACCGCAGAUCUACCUGAUUGAGCCAUCGGGCACCUACUGGGGCUACAAGGGCGCUGCACUAGGAAAGGCUAGGCAGCUGGCCAAGACGGAGAUUGAGAAGCUUGAUCUGAGCGAGCUAAGCUUGGAGGAUGGAGUGAAGGAGGCUGCGAAGAUUAUUUACAAGGUGCACGAUGACGCCAAGGACAAGGACUUUGAGCUGGAGAUGGCCUGGAUUGGUCCUCAAACAAAGGGUGGAAAGGGUCAGGUAGAGCUGGUGCCGCAAGACAAGAUCGACGAGGCGGCGAGGCUGGCAAAGGAGGCAAUGGAUAACGAGAUGGAAGACUGAGAGAUACGGCGAAGAGAUCAUAGGCUGUAGAGAUCGGGCGAAGUGUUACAGGAAUCCGUAUCAGUGUCACUUCCUGCGAGCGAGUGGAGGCAGACGAGGUCUGAAGCCUGAAGGUGUGAGAGGGGCCAGGUGAACCCGCAUAUCGUAUGCUCGCAUGGCCUGUUCCAUGUCGAGUAUUCUGUACUUUGUUGCUGCUGCUGACCGAUAUUACCAUGCUGACG